AUGGCAACAUUUAGAACCACCUCAAUCUCUGAUCAAAGCUCCACAAAGCAACACCCUUUCCUUCUCUUUCUUGCCCUUCUCUUCAUCUUUCUCGUCAUCGUUCACUCCGCGGAAUCUCCAUUGACAAACCCCUCCUCCAUGGCCUCCUCUUCAAUCCCCACCACUGCUCAUAGGCUGAUCCUCAUGGAUUCUUCUUCUACAAUGAAUUUGCAGCCGAAAAAGAAGCAAAAUUCACAUAGUUCUAGACCUUCUUCUUCUUCUUCAACUACUUCUACUCGUAAAGAAUUCGAAGCCGGUGCUCAUGAAGUUCCAAGUGGGCCAAACCCCAUAUCAAACUAG